AAUUAACUUCAAUAUUACCAUGCAGAUAAAAAAUACUUUACUAUGAAUUAUUCAUUGAAACCUAUCAAUAUUGUUGAUUGAUACUUGCAUUAACUUGCUUUCACUAACAAGAAUAUUUACAUUACAUGUAUUUAUAUCCACUGAAUCUUUGCAUUUACACAAAUGAACAUGUUAACCCUUUGAUUCGUAAUGUCUGCGUGUUAAUAUAUUGGAUAUUAAUAUUAACAUGUUAAUUCAUUGGAUAUUGAUAUUGACAUGCUAAUCAAUUUGAUUUUUGACAAAAUAACACCUUAUUCUAUUGCAGAUUGAAUAUCUAGCUAAAUUAACAUUUUAAUACAUGUUAGUAUUAUUACACAUCCCACCUCUCAAUUAUAUGCCUUAGAUUCCUUUAGCAAUCUCUGUAUGGAGUCCUAACACCCCUCUGGUUUUACUGAUGACAUUAACUUGGACGCGUCCACUAUUGAAUAAAGUAGUUUGUACACGUGCCAACGUCCUCAAUUUCCCCAUACAUUAGUGCAAUCAACACGCCGUUUUUGUUUGAAACAAAAAUUUUAUAUGGAGAACAACAAGUCGUCAGUUGUAAAGGAUAUCAACCUUAAUUCAACAAUGAACUACAAUGUCAAUGAACAACUGGAAGAUGGACAAAUUCCUGACUUUUCAAGUCAACUUCAAAGGGAUAGUUCAAAUUUGCUGCAAGGGAACAUUUUCUCUGGCGAGGAAAAUCCAACUCCGGGUAGCAUGCCAUCCCACACCAUUGACAACAACAUCAACAGUGACUUCAUGAAUCGUGGGCUCAUUCCACCAGGAAAUGAGGGGCAUGAUAUGAACUCACAAGGGAAGGACUUGACUUGCCAGUCAAAUUUCAACCCUACUUUGGAUACUCGUGAUUCUGGGCUCACCUCCCUACCCGGGACUGAGGUGCAGGACACAUCCAACUUUCAACAUCAGCACCCUACAACAGGGAGAGACUUCAUACAGUCAAAUAGUCUGAAUUCAAUAGGAUUCAGAGCAACAAACACUUUACCAUCUAAGAGGUUUUCAAAAUCUCAACAACAACAACACUCCGAACUGCGGACCUAUCAAAAUCAACAACCAGGGCUAGCCUCAAGUAUAUCACCAGAUAUGGUCCAAGAUAUUAUCAAAGGACUGACUCCAACUCUUGAAUUGCUCGUAGCAAACAAACAACUUGACGUUGAACUUCUAGGUGAAACAACCAACAGAAGCAGGUCCGCUAAAAGAAGGGAGGUACAAAGAGCGAAAAAGCGAACUGUUUCGCCGUCUAGUCUACAGUAUGUUUCCCCGGACCGGGCAUCUAGCCCCAAACGGGCAAGAAGUGAUCAUCCCUACAGCGAAGUGGACUCGCCCGUGACCUCUCCUGCGCACAUGCGCCGUGACAGCAAUAACCCGGAAGACUCGGAUUCUUCCAAUUCCGACAACGAUCAUGACUUAAUUUGUUGGAAGAACUGUGUUAAACUAAUUAAAAAUGCCUUUCCGAGUCAUUUUAAAACAACUACAGACUAUAACACAGAAACACAAACGGAAAAUAGACCGCUAGAACUUCAAACUUUGGGUAAGAAAUCUACUUCUUCAGACACAACAAAAGGCUUACCGAUCGGGCCUUCAGUGCUACAGAAUUUCGCCAACAUUAACCAGGAAUUAGCCAACAAGAAAAACAUGAAUGACACUAACUUCCUGUUAAGACCAAAACGAUCGUUCACGUCCCUCAAAGAAGAUGAACACUUCUAUAAAAAAUCCAUUUUGAAUGGGACAACUAAGGAACUUGUUCCACAUUCCAUGAAACUAUCAGAUUUGGCUUCAACUUCUUACCAGCUUCCAGCCAAACAUCACAAACUGUUGGAAGAAUCAACGAGAGCUCCUCUUCGUCAUCUGUCUCACACUGAAUGGAUUCUAGGGACAACAGGGAAAAUCAUUGCAGAGAAUUUCCCUGAAAAUGAGGAUCUCGUCAAUCUUAUUACAACAGCUUCAACUAUGGUAAAUAAAGCUACAAGGGACACCAUUUCAAAUGUCACAAACGUCAUACUGACUCAAAGGGACAGGGUAAGCUCCAAGUUCAGGAAGUCAGACGCUGAAGCCCUUAGGAAUCUCCCCAUCGACACCAAAUUUUUAUUUCCUGAAGAGGAUUUAAAAAAUAUCUGUGAAGGGUCGGAUAAAUCUAAAACCUCAAAAGCGCUACAAGAUUUAGCUUCAAACUGGAAAAAUCGAAAACAGAAUUAUGAUAAAUCCAGUAAUAACAACUCCAACAGAAGUAGUAAUCAACAUUCCAACUUUAACAGGAACAACUUCAACAACAACAACAAUAGAAACAACAACAGAAACAACAACAGAGGAAACUUCUCUGACCGUUCUACUUCUACAAAAUCCAACAACAAUAACAACAAAUCAGGCUUUAAGAAGCGUAAAUGA